ACACGCCGCUCUGGUGUGUAUCAUAUGAUAUGGCAGCCGCUCAGGCAGGCGGGGAGCAGCGCAGCCUGUAAUUUCCUGGUCAUAUGUAACUGGGUGGGGAAGCGCCUGAUCCUUGGGGUGCAAAAUCCACACAUCCUUGGAUCUUCCACUUUCUCAUUUUCUUGGCCACCUUGGGCAGGACCAGCUGCGUUCCAAACCCGUGACUGCAGCAGCCAUGACCCCUCCGAAAGGAAAUCUGAGCCCGCGAGCAGUUGUGCCUGGGGAGGGCCGGGCUCUCACGUUUCUCUGUUUUGUUUUGGAGACUCGGAUAAGUAGUGGGCUUGCUUUUUCCCUUCGUUUCUUUUCUUACUUUCUUUUUUUUUUUUUUUCCUCUGAAUGUAUUUCCACAGCCUCAAGGAAGGAAUUUUAAAAAGAAAAAAGAAAAGGAAAAGAAAAAAAAAGAAAAAAAAAGAGAGAGAGAAAAAAAAAGGUUCUGGCAUGGGAACAAGUGAAGGUGGCCCUGACUGCAAUUGCAAGGCAAUUCUGGAAGAGUCACAGGCAUCAGAGGACACAGACCUUCUGGGGUAAUGAGCUAAGGCCUUAUGAAGGUGACUACUGAGGAGAUACCACCAAUGCCAGCAUGCCAACCAUCAUCUUGACCUCUGAUUAGAGGUCCCUGUGUCAGAUCUGCUAAGGUGGCAGGGGAUGACUGACGGCCUUUACCUCAGUGUUUGUCCAUGUGCUUUACCUCAAAAGGAGAUAAUAACAAUAUAUGAGUGUUUCCAUUUCCCAGUUCCCACUUUUUGCCUUCAUCUUUGUAAGCUUCUGUGCUGUCUCCUGGUCUUUGAAGUGACUGAUUGAAAAGAAGUGAAUGAGUAUUAUUCUAGUAAAGUGAACCUGCUCUGUCAGAUAUCUUCAAGCUGCUGAGAGGAUCUUGAGGAAACAGCCUGAGAUGCUUUCUUUACCUAUCGAAAGAAUGUGCUUCUGGCGAAGAGCCCGUCCACCCAGAUAGAAGGUGUCUUUGCUGCAACCAGAGGAAGAUCAGUUCCAGAAGAGCAAGAAGCCCUUCUCCAGCAGUGGCUGGAGGAAGGAGUAGGGAAUUUGCCAGCCAGUGAGAGUGUUCCAACAGUGAGGAAAGUAUCAGUUACACUCACUAGUGACUGGUUAGAAGGUUCAGAGCUAUUGAUGACCAGCCUCAGUGACCUGAAUACGUCUCCGGAAGUCUCCCGGUGUGCUGAUCAGCAGCACUCAGAGCUAAAUGCCUUGGCUCCUUCAGAACUGCAAGAUCAUGCAGUGGCUGAAAUGGCAAGAUUACCGUCAGAGGAAACAGCAGCUGUAGCAGGCAGUGCCCCUUGGGCAGCUGUGGUGCCACAGACAGAUCACCAGACAGCUGGCUAUGCUGGUAUCAGUGUGGAAGUGCUGAAUGAUGACCCAGCUGUGCUGGCCUGGAGUUUAGCAUGUGAUGCAGAGGCAGUGCCACCAGUGCUCCCAGCCCAGCCCAUUCAGGAUGCGGUGCCAUUUUAUCCUGUCUCAAUGGAGGUGCCCUACCAUGAGAUCUUGUGGAGAGACUGGGAGGAUCUUUCUGUCCAGCCCUGUGUUUUAGAGCAGGUCUCAAAAAACACUCCCCUCUUUGAAUUUCGAGUCAUGUCUUACAACAUCCUUGCCCAGGACCUGGUGGAGCAGGGCCUUGAUCUCUAUGUACACUGUCAUCCAGACAUCCUGAACUGGAACUACCGCCUUCCAAACCUUUUGCAGGAGAUCCAGCAUUGGGAUCCUGACGUUCUGUGUCUCCAGGAGGUGCAAGAGAACCAUUACUGGGAGCAACUGGAACCAACAUUCAAGGAGAUGGGCUUUGCUUGUUUCUAUAAACGGAGAACUGGGACAAAGACAGAUGGAUGUGCAGUGUGCUAUAAGCGUAGCAGGUUCCAGCUGAUCAGUCUCAGCCCCAUAGAAUACUUCCGGCCUGGCCUGGACAUCCUCAACCGGGAUAAUGUGGGCUUGGUGCUACUGCUGCAGCCUGUGCUCCCAGAAGGUCUAGGUCUGGAGGCAGUCAGUCCUUUGUGUGUGGCCAACACUCAUGUGUUGUUCAAUCCCCGUCGAGGAGAUAUCAAACUGGCACAGGUGGCAUUGCUGCUAGCAGAGAUUGACAAAAUUGCAAGAACUACUGAAGGCAGCUACUAUCCUGUCAUCUUGUGUGGAGACCUGAACUCUGUACCUGAUUCUCCACUCUACAAAUUCAUUCGGAAUGGUGAACUUUCCUACCAUGGGAUGCCAGCCUGGAAGGUGUCUGGUCAGGAAGACUUUUCCCAGCAAUUGUAUUCACGAAAGCUGCUGGCCCCGCUGUGGCCAAGCUCACUGGGUGUAACAGACAAGUGCCAAUAUGUCACCCUGUGCCAGCCAAAGAAACCUGGGAGACGCGAAUACAGCCGUGAUUUCCUGCUGCAGUUCCGCUUUUGCGAUGUUGCCUGUGAGCGACCACCACAGCUGGUCCUCCUGGAAGGUGUGACAGAUGCUAAACCAGACCGCCCUGCGCACUGGCCCAAGUCUGCUGCCAUGGUGAAAGACCCUGAUCCUCAGCCAUUCGUCCCAAGGUGUUCAGGUGUUAUCCAGCACGGCCUCAACCUGACCUCUGUCUACAGCCACUUCUUGCCACAGAGGGGACGCCCAGAGGUCACAACAAUGCCCAUGGGGCUUGGAGCCACUGUUGAUUACAUUUUCUACUCUGCAGAGCCUGUGGAGAACAGGGCAGGUCGCAGGCUGUACAAGGAUGGAGCCCUGAAGCUGCUUGGCCGUCUUUCUCUUCUCUCUGAAGAUGUCCUCUUGAUGGCAAAUGGCUUACCAAAUCCUUUUUGUUCAUCUGAUCAUCUCUGCCUGCUGGCUAGCUUUGGCUUGGAGAUCUCCAGCCUCAGAGAGAGUUAGUGUUGGUUCCCUUUCCCUAAAGAAAAGUUUUUCUGCAUACAGCAGUUGAGACUCUGGAUUGCACAACCUGCUUGCAAGAAAACCCUUUUCCAUGUCAUGCCCUAAAAGUCCUUUUCUCCCCUCACACUUCACUAAAUGCAGGGAUGGGAGAGCACUUUUUGCAUUGGUAUUUUCUGCAUCUCUGCAAACCUGAGCUGUGUUCCCAGUGGGCUGCCAGGUGUAUUCAGGCAUUAGUAUCUCUUUAAGAGAUCCUUGUUCCACUGCCUUGGUUAGCAGGUGUUUUUGUGCUGCAGGCAACAUAACGACCAUGUUUAUUUGUCAUUGUGUAAGAUUUUCCAGGAGCUGGAAAAGAGAGGGGCAAUGCUAUCUGCUUUUGGUUAGUUUAAUUGCUACCAAGGAGCAUGGGAUGUAUAGACCAAUACUCAUUCACACCAAAACAAGUUCUUUUAGUUCUUUUAAUUUCUCAGUAAUAGUUCAGUACUUUCAGGGCUAGUUGUUGCGUUGCCUUUUAGAUUGGAUUUGCUACUGCUUAGAAAUGUCUUUUACUUAAUAAUCCUUAGCUGACAGAAGGGUUUGUGUGGUGUAACAAUUUCUACAAGAAGCUGCUUGCUGUGAUUAAUGGACCAGGGAAUGGGACUGCCAGGAAUGGAACCAGGGGUCCUACAGAGCUACCCAUAGCAGCUCUAGAAUUGUAGUAAAAGCCUAGAGGCCUUGGGGAAGGCUUCCUUCCUUUCUAGCAGUCUCAGAAUGGUACCUAAUUUGUCAUUUUUAGCAAAAAUAUUUAGGAUCCUCCCAGUGAAUAUCCUGUGGAAAAAAUUACCCUGUAAGGCAUGAUAACCCCAGAGGGCUAUAACUCUGGUUGUCCCAAAAGAGAGAUGAAAAUGGAAGGCAUGUGAGAGUCAGCAGAGCCAUCAGAUGGAAGAGCUGAUCUUGUCACUUGCCCUGUUCUUUGUGCACUCCCUAUUGCAUUCAGCCUGCCAGGAGUCAAUAGCUAACCUGUAGUAUCCAUCUCCUGUGCCAGACUGAAGUCCGUGCUGCAUCCUUCUUCUGCACCCAGCCAUGUUUAGGUGUAGAUGGAAUCCUUAGGAUCAAGGACUCUUGACAUGCUUUGGGAGGGAAGGGCUGUGUAACUUGGAGCCACACUGCAGUCACUUGGAUCCCAGCGUACCUUUGGUGUCCUGCUUUUUGUCCAGUACAAAAGCAGUCGAGCUGUACCUGUUCCUAGAGUAAAUUCCCCUGUUCAACCUGACAUUUGGUGCUAAGAGAUGAAACCAGUCUUGGCAGAAACCAAUAUUGGCAGAAACAUUAUCAAUCUUCUGUUCUCAAACAAGGCAGGAAAUCUGGUCCCACCUCAUGAUUUUGCAGGAAGGCAAAGGAGACCUGAAACAUUGUUUGUUCUUCAUGAUCUAUUUGAGGGACUUUGAUAUUUUAUAUUUUAAAUGUUCCUUUCUUUAUUGAAAAAUAAAAUACUGCUAAUCUAAGAAAAUACUAAGAAA